CUCUCCCUUCCGCCUAAGUUUUUUUCCCCUCUACUACUAAGGAGAUCGUUUAUUCCCCUCCCUUUUAACUCUCCCCCUUUUUUCCUUUUAUUCCUCCCACAUUCGCGAAAGUAUCAUCCACCUGCUCUUGUGGGAUUUUCUCUUCUCAUGGGCACACGGACUCUUGUGGAUAUUUUUGACUCCACGAGGCUCGGGUUGUGUUGGUACACAGAACAAACCUUCUACAUUCAAUAUAAGUUUUGUUCAAACUUUAUGGAUCCCGUUACCGGCAAAUCAAGUGUAUACAGCUGAAUGGAACGUUUGUAAAGGUUUUAUAAACAAGUCAUGAUGGUGGAAUCCGCUUCUGAGUCCAUACGAUCCACGCCGACCAGUCAGAAUGGUAUCAGUAGUCUUCCCAACCAAUCAGAUGGUGGAGGAGCAAGGGAAGGGGGGUCAAGUGGAGAGACCAAUGGAGAAUUGACUCCGACAGACCUCCUGCACUUUCAGCAGCAACAGGCUUUGCACAUGGCUCGUCAGCUUCUCCUGCAACAGGCAACAGGAUUGAGCUCUCCUAGCAAUACAGAGAACAAGCAGCCGUCUGUUCAGGUCCCUGUCUCAGUGGCCAUGAUGUCUCCACAGAUGAUCACACAGCAGCAGAUGCAACAGAUUCUGUCACCGGCACAGCUCCAAGCUGUUCUGCAACAGCAGCAAACACUUAUGUUGCAGCAGCUGCAGGAAUAUUAUAAAAAGCAGCAGGAACAACUGCGCCUCCAGGUUAUCUCCCAGCAACAGGCAGGAAAGCAGCAGCCCAAAGAGGCGGGUUUAGGAAGCAAACAGGUUGCUUUCCAACAGCAACUCUUACAGAUGCAGCAGCUACAGCAGCAGCAGCUACUAAACCUGCAGAGACAGAGCAUGAUGGGACUGCAAUCAGGGCAGGGGCCAUUGCCCACACAAAACCUAACACAAGUGGUGUCCACUUCAGACUUACAACAGCUCCUGAAAGAAAUGGCCAGCAGUCAAGAGGAGCCCAACAAACAGGACACUUAUGACCUGAGCACCUCAAUCACUACCUCAUACACAAGCACCAAGGUGUCACCUCCCACAUUGUAUACCUCGCUGCCUAAUGGUCAAAGUUCCCUCCAAAAUGCUUGCAGGGACAGCUCCACUCAUUAUGAUGUAACCCCUAGCUCACACCCUCUUUACGGACAUGGUGAAUGCCGGUGGCCAGGCUGUGAGGCUCUCUGCGAGGAUAUGGGCCAGUUUAUAAAGCACCUGAAUACAGAGCAUGCGCUGGAUGAUCGCAGUACAGCACAGUGCCGCGUACAGAUGCAGGUAGUUCAGCAACUGGAGAUACAGCUGACCAAGGAGAGUGAGCGGUUACAGGCCAUGAUGACACAUCUGCAUAUGAGACCAUCAGAACCAAAACCUUACAGCCAACCACUGAACUUGGUCUCCUGUGCCUCUGCUACUAAAAUGUCACCUGAGACCUACCCAGAUGGCUUAUCUCAACCCCCCACCUCAGCCACAGCCCCCAUAACUCCACUGAGACAGGGCACAUCUGUGAUAAGUUCUUCAAGCCUGCCUUCUGUUGGCCCUGUACGCAGGCGGAUAGUGGACAAGUUCUGCACACCUAUAUCCUCAGAACUUGCCCAGAACCAUGAGUUCUAUAAGAAUGCUGAAGUCCGCCCCCCCUUCACGUACGCUUCCCUUAUCCGGCAGGCUAUCUUGGACACACCGGACAGGCAGCUGACACUAAAUGAAAUAUACAAUUGGUUUACACGCAUGUUUGCCUACUUCCGGAGGAACACCGCCACAUGGAAGAAUGCUGUGCGUCACAACCUUAGCUUGCACAAAUGUUUUGUGCGAGUGGAGAAUGUGAAAGGGGCUGUGUGGACAGUGGAUGAGUUGGAAUAUCAAAAGAGGAGACCGCCAAAGAUGACAGGGAGUCCAACACUUGUUAAGAACAUGAUUUCGGGACUUAGUUAUGGAACUUUAAACUCCAGCUAUCAGGCAGCACUUGCAGAAAGCAGCUUCCCACUUCUGAACAGCCCCACUGUGCUCAAUAGCUCAGGCAUUCAUGGUGGACAUGAUGACGUCACCAGCACAGGGGAGCCUGGACACAGCAAUGGGAGCAGCCCACACCUGUCCCCACAAUACAGUCAACCAGUACAUGUUAAGGAAGAACCAACAGAAGAGGAUGUCGGACCUGCAUCACUUUCAGCACCAACGAAUCAGAAAGCAGUACUGGCAGAAGAUUGUGACCUGGAGCCGGAGACAGCCAUGGAAGACUCACCAUGA